AUGUCUCCAAAUAAUAAAAAUGAAGAUGAUAUAAAAAAUUUACCUGGUGAAAAAAGUAUUGAAAAUGUUGAAGAUCAAGCAUCUGAUUCAGAUGGAUGGGUUCCAGCAGAUUUUGAAAUACAGAUGAUUGGACGUAGUACUGAAACAUACUCAUUAGAUGAUAAUUCUCAGGAAGAUGAAAAUAAUUUUCCAUGUAGUGAUGAUGACUCAGAAUCUUCUUGGCCUGACACAGAUGAAGAGUAUGAGAUAAAAAAUAACGAAGAUACAUAUGCUGGUUACACCUCAAUACCAUUAAUAAUUGAAGAAAGUAAUUCAGAAGAUGUUAAAACAGAAGUAGAAGUGAAUGAAGUGAGUACUGGAAAUUUGUAUACAACAAACUUGGCUUUAAGUAAUGUUUUGGAUUCUGUAAGACGUGAAACAGAAAGUGUACAUCUAUCAGAAAAAGAUUUUGAUUAUACUCCUGUAGAUAAAAGAGAGUUUACACUUGAUGAUGAAGUAAUAUCAAAAAUAAAAGAUGUAAUGAAAAAAAUAAAUAUUACACCUCCACCAUGGGCAGAUAAGAUAAAUGAUGAAAAGUUUAGCGAAAUAGUAAAGAAAAUUAUAAAAUAA